GCGCAGUCUCGCGCAGUAUUCACACUCUCGCGUAAGCGAACGGCGGCGCACGCAGCACGACGUAUCUCUCUCGGUUCCCGUCGUCGUCGUGGGCACCCUCGUCCUGCAUGAGAGCGAUUCCUCUCUCGGUACGGAGUGAUAACGCGGAGCAUCGGUGUGUGACUCGGGAUUCGCGAUCGCCGUUGCGCGUCACCGCUGCUCGCACGGGUGCCGUCUCCGUCUCGUGUCUCAUUUCGCGCGUCCUGGACGCGACAAUCGGAUACACGCCACCUUCUGUGUGACCCACUCGCCACCCUCGCCCAUCCCCGUUAUCAUCAUUGCCGUAGUAGUCGUCGUCGCCUCCCCGCCGCCAGCCCUCGUCUCGUUUCUCUCAGUUCUUCUGUUAAAACGGAUGUCCGAGGACUCGCACCGCGAGACGGACAUCCUGCAGCAAGGGCAGGCUCGUGUUUUCGCGGAGGAAGCAAACAAGAGGAUAAUCGAUCCGACAGCUCGCAAUCGUUUUCGAGUGGACGACAGUUUCGAAUUUUGGCGCGCGCGCGCACCAAUCAGAGUGAUCCCGAUCGUGUUCGAUAGAUCGUACGGAGCGUAACGCGUUCGCGGCUACGUUCGCGGUCCGGGCAGUGCGAAUCGAGCGGCGCAUCAUUUCCGUCGCUUCGAUCGCCGCCGUCGUCGGGACGCGUGCGGCUCUGAAUCACGCCAGAUUUCUCUGCAGGAACAUCGUUUUCCGAUCCGCGUGUCGAACACGGAUCCGUUGAAACGAUCGACUGUCCGCUCAGGUACGCGCAGCAGCCGCGGCGGAGCAACUUUGCCGCUCCGAGAUCGUUGGCGUGAUUUAACGCUUUUUGCAUUGCGCGGCAGUGACAUUGUUCGGAAGAGGGUUGAACAAUUUGGAAUUACAUCACGCGUCCAGUGGUGUCUGAAGAAUCUACGACAGCUCAAAGUAUUCCCGGCUAAGAGACGAAUCAACAAUCGACAGAAUCGGCGAACUUUCACGCGAACGAGAACGACAAGUGGACAAUCGGACGUUGGUCGCAUGCGGCUGCAACUUCACGCGGUACGCAAAGUGUGAGAGCACUGCCGCGGCAACGUCAGUCCAAGACUUGGACUCCAAGUUCGUCGGGUCGCAUGGGCGGACUCGUUCGUUGCGGAGUGAGAUGCGGAUGUUCGCGUAACGGUGACCGGCGAGUGCCGACGAGAUUCUAACGAAACGACCGACAAACACGGAGAAACGUACGACGCACCCGAAGUAUGCUACUGUCGACUGCGAGACGUCCGUCGGCGAUUGGAAGAAGGGCAGAAGCGGCACGAGCGAGAAUCGGGGCGGUCUGUUGACCGCGCGAAGUUACCGCGUGAAGUUGCCGGUUUUCGAACGUAACUGCGAGGACACCGCUGCAUCGAAUCGGCAAUCGGCGGUGGAGGAGUGUGCGUCGCAUCGAGGCGUGCGGCAACUUUUGAGAGUUUCUGUGUAACAACGGCAUAAGAAGUCACGAAGAUCUGGGACGAGGCAUCCGUAACGUCAACGAGCAACAACGAGGGAACGAGAAUUAACGGAAUUAAUAAGACACUGCUCAUCCAGAAAAUGGCACAUAGACAGGUAUCUCGAGAUCCAUAAGCCGAAAAACUAACAACAACACGUCGCGUGACGUGCACCGUAUAGGGGCAAAAGUGUCCCAGUGUCAUUACGACAUGGGAGUCGAGUGAACGGACGAGUCACGUCGCGACAAGGACUUCGUGUGCGCGUCUCGUGAAUCUUCCUCUCGUGAACAACGUUCGUCACUCUUAACCCGCCGGGUUAAUCCACCGGGGAUUCUCUGUCCGAGUGUUCGUGAGUAGCGCGGUACGCGUGUGUGUGUACAAGUGUGUUUGCAAACGGACCUCCAUCGCAGCCAUGAAAGUCUCCAGGGUGAAGCUCUUCGAGAUGAGGCCGUUCAGGAUGAGGCUGCCCGCCGUCAUUGCCGUCGUCGUCGUCGUCGCCGCCUGCCUGACGCCGACUGUAAAAGGCGACGGCGGACAAUAUUUCCGGGUUAGGCCGAGCAACAGCUCCGUGCUGGAGGGCGGCGAGGUGGUAAUUCCUUGCGAAGUGGGAAACCGAGUCGGUACCGUCCAAUGGGUCAAAGACGGAUUUGCCUACGUCAUACAGGAGAACGGCGAGAUUGUGGGCCAUCCGAGACUGAGCCUGAUCGGCGAUCAGAAUUCCGGCAUUUUCAACCUGAAGAUCACCGACGCGUCCCUUACCGACGACGGCGAGUACGAGUGCCAGGUCGGACGAUAUCUGCGGAUCAAGCCGAUCCGCGCCAGCGCGCACCUGAUCGUCACAUCACCCCCGCGGAAAGUGGAGAUCAGCAGUCACCCGAACAGGAAGGUGAUCGAGGUGAAAGUGGGCGAAUCGCGGCGCUUGGAGUGCAUCGUUAGAUCAGCAAAGCCAGCAGCCUCGAUCGUUUGGUACCGCGGAAACGUGCAGAUCAAGGGCGGCGAUACCACUAUCACUCCAAUCUCUAUCCAGGGCGACAAGGAGACGGCCAAGCCCGGAGAGGCGUCCAAGGAGCUGCUCAAGUACGACACUCACGGUUCCAUUACCAUCGUGCCUACGGCAGACGAUAAUGGGAUGGAUUACACCUGCGAGGCCAGCCACCCGGCAAUACCCAUAGACAGGCCCAUGCGGGCCACCAUUAAACUCUCCGUUUUCUAUCCACCCGGUCCACCCUAUAUAGAGGGCUACACGGAGGGCGAGACCGUGCAACGCGGCCAGAAUGUGGAGCUCGCCUGUCGAUCACGCGGUGGAAAUCCGCCGGCGGAAAUUAUCUGGUUCAGGAACGACGUGAAGAUCACGACAGCCUAUCGCAGGGAGGGCAGCGUCAGCGAGAACGUACUCUCGUUCACGGCCCGGGCGGAGGAUGAGAAGGCCCGCUACAGAUGCGAGGUCUCCAAUAUCAUGAGCGUGCAGCCCAUGAAGGUGCACGUCGAUCUCACCGUGCUGUUCGCGCCUGCCGGAGUGACCAUCACUGGACCAACGGAGGCGAAGGCGGACGAUCAGGUGCUCAUCACUUGCACGACCGAGAACUCGAAUCCGCCUGCGGACAUCAAGUGGACGGUGGACGGGCAUAAUUUCGAGAGCAACGCCUCGAAGACGGAGCCGGCGCCGAACGGUGGCUGGAUCACCAGCUCGAACGUGACGUUCAGCAUUAAUCGCAAGAGCCGCAGCAUCGUCGUAAUCUGCCACGCUUCCAACGUCAAGCUCACAGAGAACGUGGUCGGCACGCACACCAUCAACGUAAUAUAUCCACCCUCGAAACUGAGCGUCACCGGAUACGAAGAGGGCACGACAAUUGUUGCCGGGACGGUAUUGAAGCUUACGUGUACCGCCACAGCGGGUAAUCCACUGGCCACGUUAACAUGGUACAAGAAUGACCGCAAGGUACCCGGCACGGUGAGAACGCGGAAUCACGUUGUCUUCAGCGAACUGGCGAUGCUCGUUAAUGCAUCCGAUAAUAACGCUCAUGUGCGCUGUGAAGCGACGAAUUCCGCCACCGAGAUUCCUCUGCUCAAAGUUCUCGUCCUAAAAGUCAAUUUCCCUCCUGAGAGAGUGAAAAUCAAUCGCGAGCCCCAGGAUUUCCAUGCUGGCCAGGAAGGACGCAUAAUCUGCGAAUCCAGCAGCAGCAAUCCCGCCGCCGAGAUGUCCUGGUGGAAGAACGGGAUACCAGUGUCCGGUACCAGAAACGGCACCAAGUCCGGAUUACACGGCGGCUUCCUAUCGUUCGUCGAGCUCACGCUAGAUUUAGCCGAGGACAUGAACGGCGAGGUGUACACCUGCGAGGCCAAAAACACUGAAUUGGGGAGAUCCAUCCACGAUGCUACGACUCUGGACGUGCUAUACAAGCCGAUUUUCUCACCACUGGAUCCCUCGGAACUGAUCGGCCUAGAAGGCGAGCCCUUUGUUAUUUCUGUAUCGGCGAGAGGCAAUCCCAAUAUGACGACGUACACGUGGACGAGAGACGGUUUACCCGUGGGUAGCAGUGGUAAAAGGAUAACCGCGCACGGCUCUACGCUAAAUAUUACCAGAUUGGAUCGUCACGACGCCGGCACCUACAUAUGCGAAGCGUUCAACAAGGAAGGAACCACCUUCUACCAACUCAAUCUGACUGUGCAGUAUCCGGCCAAGAUCAAGCGCACCUCCUCGUCGGGGAUAGUUUACCCGCCUGGUAUCGAGGCGAAGCUGUUCUGCGAGGUCGAUGGCAGCCCGAUCGGCGACGAGUACGUUACGUGGCAAAAAGUAGGGUCGAAUCCCGAGUUGCCGGGAGGUUACUCGACGUCAUUCGUUAACCGGACGUCGUACCUGCAUAUAGACUCCCCUAGCCAGGAGGACGUCGGCGAGUAUCGGUGCAAGGUGAACAACGGCAUCGGCAACGUAACAUCGGACCCGAUCCUGUUCAUUACGAACUUUAAACCGGAAAUGACAAACACCCCGCUGACGCGAAAGGCGGCUGCGAACAAAGGAAUAAACGUCCAAUUGUUCUGUAAAGCGCGAGGAUCUCCACUGCCACGUUUCACUUGGACCUUCAAUGGGAAAACUUUAUUGCCGAACGCAACCGAGAAUAAAUACAGUAUCACUCACAGCGAUUUAUCGGAACUCUACUCGGAAACAACGCUGACCAUCCAUCACGUGAGGACGCAGGACUAUGGAAAGUACGAGUGCCGUGCCCAGAAUAAAAUGGGUCAUUCCGUAGACGACAUAUAUCUGGACGUCACGUCACCGCCGGACAAGCCGGGUGACUUAGAGGUCUACAACGUCACGCACGACUCGGUCACGCUGAUUUGGAAGCGAGGUUUCGACGGCGGCCUGCCGACGUCUCAUCAAAUACGAUGGCGACAAGCGCUGGAUUACGAGGAUCGCUACCACUACCUGGACGUCUCACCCGGCGACUAUAAGGCCACCAUAUCCGGCCUGUCGCUCGGGACUUAUUACGUAUUUAGUGUAAAGGCCAUCAACGAGAAAGGGGACAGCGGCUUCUUGCCGGAUCUCGUCAAAGUCCAGACCCUUCGACCGAGUAAAGAGGAAAACCUGCCAGACGUGCUCUUGGAAAAGGGCGACUUUCCGAUGAAUUAUAUCUAUACGUUAGCGGCGACUUCCUUCAUCAUUUUUAUCGUUAAUAUCUUCGUCAUGUUCUGGUACAUAGUACGAAAGCGAAAUAGAGCUCGCAUUAAUAAAUCGCAGACCGCGGACAUGUACGCACCGUCCACCGUCAACGGCGACACCAUGACCGGCGAAUUAAGUUCGAUGUCGGACGAGAAGAGCGACGUCAACUUCGACGCUAACGAUUACGUGGACGAGGGGCGCAAAACGGCAGCUAGUACAUAUUUAAUAGAUCAAACUAUGCAAGAUUUUGGGAAAGGCGGUUUAGAGAUGCAGGUUCAUCAGGGCACCCUCGGUAGACGCAGUAAUCAUAUGCAGACAUCCAUGAACAUGGAUUCGCCUCCGCAGCGAACUACGGCUAGCGGAACUCUCUCAGUGUCGAAGUCGAGUUACAUCGGGAACCCGAGCCCGGCGCCGCCCAAUGACGUGAGCUUCUAUAGCGUGGAGAUGGACAACGGUCGGGGCUACAUCAGUUAUGACAGCAAUCCGAGCCCGGCGCCGACCUCGCUCGGCGAUCCAGCUGGUGGGCCCUAUUAUCCCGCGUCCUUGGGCUCGACCGGCCACAUAAUCACCGGGCACAUGACGGGCGCUGGCACUGGCACCCUGACGCGCACCAGGACGCUGCCACGUCCGGUACCGCCGCCUGAUGUCACAGUGAUGACCGCGGGCACCAAGUCGCCAAUACCGCCGUCGGUCCCGCCGCCACCCGCAACGUUUGCUCGUGCAGGCGCCAACAAUGGUGGGCCUCAUCCGCAUCCACACUCGCAUCCGACUCCGCCACCGCCGCCUUGCCAGAGCCACCCGUUAUCGACGUUCGCGGCGACACCCACGUACUCCGACAUCGACGGUCAUCUUGUCUGAGGCUCGCCGAUCUUCGGAUCCGGUUCGGCGCGCGGCAAGUACCGCGCCGUUGCCCAGGACGACGACGACGACCGACCGGUCACGGAGAGAAGCACACGUCUCUGAGAAUCGCAAAGGCGGAUGGUCCUCUGCAUGGACCAUCCGGACUGCUCGGAUCAUCAUUGAUCGUCUUCGUGAGCGACGACGUGGGAGGGACGAACGUAGCGACGGUCCACCUCGCGAACAGCGGUCCGUCGCGGCUGAACGUCCCGAUACUCGUCACGAUGCGCCUGAACAAUCUCCGAGAACUGUGUUUGGUGCUCGAGGAAGAAAGUACGAAAUGCAAUGUGUAAAUAGAGGGACGAGAAGAGAUGCAGAGUGAAGAGAGGAACGUUGACGUGAAAUGAGAGAGUGGUGCACCAGAUACACACGCUGUAAACACGCCUUUCCCUUCAACGCGGCUACUUCCUAUAUCCGCGCGACGAGAGGAGACGCGCGCGGGGCUCUCCUAUGCGAUUGAAUUCUAAUCUUAGGGAUAUAUGUUAUAAUCUCGACCGUGCUCUUGACGAAGAGCAAGCGAUUCUAGAGAAAGAGAGAGAGAGCGUUUUCCUCGAGGAUGGUUUCACCGUUCCUCCUCCGCCAUCCUGCCUUCCUCCUUUCCCAUUUUUCCCAGCUCUAACUGUUUGUCCGCUCGCCUUAGCGUUACUUAGCGUAUGCUGACGACAGCGAUAUAAUCAGUGACGCGUCGAACGAUCCAAGUUCCAGAUCGCCACAUACACACACACAUACACACACACACACACCGGUGUGUGUCGAGGAAAGUAUAUUUUCUGUAAAUACGCGCGUAAAUCAGGGAAAAAGACACACGAGAGAAAACAUCCAAGCGGCUAACAAUUUCGUUGUUCAGUUGCUUCGCGCAUGUCGGUACGCUGUUCGUCAUGACAAUUGUAUUCAGAUAUCACUAUGCAGAUAUCAACGACAGUCGGGAAAAUCCGCGCGGAAGUGCCCGUAGAGUAUCACUCGGAGAGCGAUCUCGUUCGCUCUUGACUGACGCCGAAACGCAGACUCCAAACUUCCAAGUGUGCAAUCAUAAGCUUCACGUGAUCAACAGUGAUAUAUCGUCGGUAUAAAUGUUACAAAGUAUAUCUCCGUUUCCCCCGUAGAAUAGUCACUCCGUGGCUUGAAGCAUUCGUGGAUGCAACCCACUUGGUUGUCCCAAUUUCAAGGCAUUCGAUCUCAUCGACGCGAGAUCCCUGUACUUAUCGCACAAUUGUCGCGCACAAUUACCGACGUUGAUUUCCGCGACGUAUCGAUAGCAAUUAGAUGAACAAUCGCGCAAUAGCCCCUUUAGAACUCGCAGGAGUGGGCAUAUCCGUCAUGACCGUCCAUUGCUUACUUUCGCGUCGAGGAAGUCGGUCCACCCCGACGAUUCCAGGCCGAGGGAGACGAGACAAUCGUUACUACGAAGAGAAACUCUCGAAAUACUGUAAAGAGAGAAAGAGCGGCGCGAUAACGGCGAGAUUGCAUCUUCUUUCCUUUUCCGCCUUUCACACUGUUUAUAGUCCCAUUUGAGUUUAACGGCGUCUCUUUGAACAUGAUACUCACGGUGCUAGGUAGCCGAGCUCAGCGUUGAACGUGAUGGUCCGAUCUCAAAAUCUCGACGUUCCUUGCGGCUCGAGAGAACCGUUUAACACGGAACGUAAUUACCUUCAGCGCUGAACCCACGAGAACAUCAUCCAGCAAGUCCAUUUCGUUCGCGUCUCACGCGGGGAACACACACGCACAUACACGUUUGGUUUAGCGUAGUCGUGCGCACAAUUUGCAUAUCAUAAUUCAUACUCGCGCUUUGAUCACGUGCGUUAGUGUUACAUGCGUUGCUUCAUAAGUUACGCGCGCCGCGCUUCGAUUGUUGUCCCUUGAGUAACUUUUCCACACGUGUCGAAAUCUGAUGGCAUCACGAAUCUGAUACCAUCGUACGUGGAGUCUUCACUGCCGAUCCUGAAGUCAAUACUUUAAGUAGUCCAUCGACCUGUUAUACCGUUUCGAUACAAAUGCUUUUACCUUCUACACGCGCGAUGCGAUACGUUUAAACACGUUUUGUACGUUUGAUUAAACACGACCAUCCGUCGCGGCACGAUCUCGCGACGUUAAUCGAAAAACGAGUACCGUGUGUGGCCGCACGUUAAAGACACACACACGUUAAAUUUGCGUUUACUGAUCAUCCCGACUGCGUCUCGGUGAUCCCGAGCUUCACGUUCAUCACGAGGACACGAGCGACCGAGCUUGCGCUGCCACCGCAUUAUCCGCGAUGCAAUUUGCGUUGAGGAGUGCAUUUACAAGUCGAGAGAAUCAGAUACGUACGAUGAUAAUAGGAGCGCACGACGAUGCAAACUCACACACUCGACUGGAUGAUCGGUCCGGAGACCGCAAUUCGAUCAUCGCGUUAACUCGGAUUAACCGCACGUCGCAAUUACUGCAAGCGUGUGAUUAUUGCAAUGAAGGUGUGUAAAACAUAAUCAGCGAGAGAGAGGGAGAGAGGAAGCCUUCCGGAGGAGAACGAAACGACGUGGAGCCAUGCCAGUGUGAAUGUCUCGGCGUAGUGAUAUCUUGAACAAAGACAAUAGUACGUAAGCUUAAAUUGCUGCAUAAUGGGUUUUAGUUAAGGACAAUUAUAGGAUCCGCUAGCGUCUCGCACGAGGAUCCGCAUGAGCGUUGUUGGCGUCACGCGGCUGUCGCACGCGAAUUAUACACGCGGACAGUCGCGAGAUUCGAAUUGCGCGAUUACUCGUAUUAGCUCGACUAAAUGUUCAUACAUAUACAUAUAUAUUUUUGCAUUUAUUUCCAAUUACUAAUCACACGAUUGAAUCCAUUGUAAAUAGCGCGAUAACGUCUCGAUGUUUCACACGGUCGAACGAGGGAAGAAAAAAGAAGAAAAUUGAAAACGGAAAAAAAAGACAGAGAAAGAGAGAGAAAAGAGAGGAAGAACGAGAAAAAAGAAACGAGAAAACAAGUAAUUCAAAUGGAUCAUAUGAGGGUCUCACUAUACCUAGGCUAUAAACGAAAUAUUGCUAGAGGAUAACGACGCUGUGUAUAUCUAAACAAGAAGUAAAAGAGAAAAACAAGAGGAAGAAAAAUUAUCUCCCGUUAAUUGGACGAGACACUGUCUUUCCGUUCUACGUCUCGAAAGCCUAAGUAGUCGAUGUAUAUAUUUUUGAAAGAGACGACCACGAUGACGAUGACGAUGACGACGACGACGACGAUAAUGACGAUGACGACGAGGACAAAAAGGGUGAAGAGGACGAAGACUAGGACAAAUACUCGAUGCGUUUGGCCUAUCGUAAAGGGAUUUAUUGCAACAGAGAGGAGUCAUGUAACGCACGCUGCCCUUUUACGUUCCCCGGCGGUAAAGGGCUGUGAUGGUGAAGCGCGAAUCCGAAUCAGCGUUCGUUGACGAUCAAAGGGGGAUUCGCGCUUUAUCCUAUGGUGAGGAAUUGCUCGUAGGAGAGAAUUAUAAUAUACUUUACCCAGCCGGCGGCCACGUGCGUCACAUUGCUCGCGGGAGAGAUUGUUUGAAAGUUUUAUGGAUAACGUUUUUCCGUAGCAUAUAUGCUAUAUAUAAUAUAAAUAUAUAUAUAAAUAUAUAUAUAUAUAUAUUGUUGUUUCUCAUUACAGCGAUUAUUUGUUAACAUGGUAGAUUUUACGAAGCUUAAGGCAGAGAAAGAGAGAGGAAUGAAUAAAAAAAAAGAGAAGAGAGAGAGAGGUGUAUUGUUAAAACGCCGUUAUGUAUGGAGCCGCGCAGUUCGGCUUAGACUGAUGAUAAGAAAUUCACACGUAUGCUCAAUUAGAGAUGAACAUGUUCGCGCAUAAUUAAGAGUUCUAUUUACAUAUACAUGUUUUAUAUUUGUAAUUAAAACGAAAAGAAGCAAAUCAUCUAUACUUAAUAUUACCUGAAGAUUAUUAUAUUAGAUUUAUGUAAUCUCCAAAGUAUUUGCUCAUCAAAGUGCUAGGCAUGUUAGACGGACCGCUAUUCGUCCAAAAUGGUACCUUGGAGAUGGACAUACCAUCUAACACGUACGAUAUUUGAUAUUUUACAUAAUAAUAACGACACGACAACAACAACAACAACUCGUAAUUUCGUUGAUUACUCUAAGGCAUAGUCAAUCCUAAUUAUACAAUCAUUAAGGAUAUGAAAGAGAGAAUCAAUUAAUCGUUUUACAUGUAUAUACAUAUACGUAUAAUGUACAUAGCACUUAGAUAGACACGAAAUGGAGAAAGAAAAAUGCAAAUACUUAACGAAUUAUAUCAAACUACGAGAAAACAAGAAAAACGAAUCGAGAGCUUUUGUAUACUAGAUGUAUAUUGGUAUAUUCACUUUGUAUCGUUCUUUUUACCGCGAUCAUAAUUAUCGAUAAAUAGGGAUUAGCGAAAGCGCCAUUGUUUUUGAAGAAGGAAAAAGAACCUGCAAAAUCAUUCAAACUACGAGCAAGCAAUUCGCCAAUCUCAGAUCGACGAAAAACUGAAGAGGAACCGACGAAUGCAUCAGGACGAGAAUGUGCGGUAAGCCACGGCGCUACGAAAUUAUCCGUUCCAAAAUUGAUAUCGCCAGUGUUCCAUCGCCUUCGCCACGUUCUUUCAUACGAUUUUUUAUAAUACGAUCUUUUACAAUACGAUCUUUUUUAUUGACCAGGCAGGUAUUCCGUACUUUUUCACGCGUAGAAGAUAAUUUUCGUGCCCUUUGUGCCGAGCGUUUGCGCCGAUAAUUAAAUACGAAAGUACACGUUGUACUCUCUCCGCUCUUUUGAGAUUUAUACGUAACUAUUAUCGCCGCGACUGGUCUAAAUGUUGCUUCCGUUUUAUGUGCCAAUCGAUCGACGUUGUUCUUCGACGUGUGUAACAUAUAUGCGUUAAAUGCGAAAAAAGGGGACAAAAGAGGAGAACGGAACAAAGAGUAGCGCCGGUCGACGACCGCUCAUCGGCGAGAAUUUUUCAGCGUGCGACCGGCGCUUCCUCCCUCUCCCCCGAGUACAACAGAGAUGCAACACGUGAAAAAACGUAAACAAAAGAAAGAAGAAAAAAAAGGGGAGAAAAGGGACACGGGAGAAAAAAGGGAGAGAAAACGAAACGGAAAGGGAAAAAGCUCUCUGAUCGACGUAACGGUGUAACAUAUAAUUGAUAUGAUAAUUGAUACGCGCCCACGAUUAACGAUUAAUGUACAUAUACAUAGUAUUUUUACAUUCUAAUUCUAAAUUACAUUUCCAAUUCUAAAUGGUAUACACGACACACACUACACUCAUCGUGAGCUUCGUUCCGUCCGUCUGUGUAUCGAUCCACGACGACGACGCAACGACGACGUCGACGAUCGCUCUUCACUGUCGCGUUGCUCCACCGCCGCCAAGAUCGACGAGGUGUGAUUUUUGUAAUUAUGCAACAAUCGGCGGCACACCUCUUCCUUUCUCCGUUCGACUCCACCGUACGUAUUCAAUAAAUACAUGCCUUGUGCCUUCGCCGCGUUACUUAAACCAUAAUAAUAUACCUUACGUAAGGACACCUUACGAGCGAUGCACGUUCACUAAUCCUUGGAACACCAAUCCUCCGGGACGUGACUUAUUUGUUCGUUGCUGAAAUUUCGAGCGGGACGUUUGGACAGUUCUGAGAUGCGAAAGUGACGCUGAUUCAGGAACGACUCGUGCAUCUUUCCUUUUACGAUUCUUUUCGGUUCACGAUCAUUGUCGUCGCAUUGUUAGCUGCCGCGUCCUGCAGGAGUUAACGAUGCGAAUUGCGGUUCGUCGAGCGACCGCCGGUGUCUUCUACAAGCAUGAUGGAACGGGUAGAUAUGAACAUUGGCUCACACCGAGUGCGUACACAGAGACAGAACGAAGCUCAACACGCUAGUCCUUAAUUUAAAACCAAAGUAAAAGCAACAUUGUGUAGCUUUUAAGAAUCUCUAUUACGUAUACACACCUGUGUGUCUAUACAGACAUAAUUAUAAUUAAACGAUUCCAAUCAUUGUAAUUAGGUAAAUGAAACUAACCGAUAAGCAGAUAGGUAAAAAUAAGCCACUCAUUAUGUGUAUCAUCUUGUUUUUCCAUUCAUAAUUUUUCACUACACGAUUAACGACAUUUUACCUAGGAGAGCCUUUCGUCAGCUAGGAUUAUUCUGUAUCUGUAUUCUGUAUAUUGUUUUCUAUUGCAACUAUUAAAACUGAUUGUCAACUUAUAAA